AUGCCAUCCUCGAACUCUUCAGGGCCUUCGUGCCGGGACCUAGACAAUGCCAUGCGUAUUGACGCCGGAUCUUGUCGCGGCGGUUUCGACUUUUCUCUUUUGUUUGAAGAAUCUAUUCUGGAAAUCCUUCCCAUUGCAUUAAUCUUAAUUGUUGUCCCCUUUCGCCUAUGGCAUCUCUGGCAAAAGCGUCGCAAAGUCGUGGGAUCAUGGCUGCUACCCGUCAAGCUGGCUGCCUGGCUCUCUUUGCUAGGCCUUCAGAUCGCGCAGACAGCCCUAUGGUCGCUACCCGCCGCCGAGAGAACCCCAACGUCCAUUGCAGCCAAUGCCGUGUUGGCUAUCGGAGCCUUGGUGCUUUGUUUGCUAUCGUAUGCAGAGCACACGCGGUCUGUCCGGCCCUCGUUUAUUUUAAACACCUACUUGUUCUGCAGCCUGCUUUUUGAUAUCGCGCGGGCCAGAACCCUGUGGCUGCGGCAAGCGGACGACUUCCAUGCCAAUAUUGCCACCGUGACCACCGUCGCCCUGGCAGUUAAAGUGCUUGUCCUGAUCCUGGAAGCGAUAGAAAAGAGACACAUUUUGCGGCUGGACUAUGCCGACUAUCCGCCCGAGGCCACGGCCGGCUUCUAUAACCGGGCGUUGUUCUUCUGGUUGAACCCGCUGUUCAAGACGGGCUACAGCAAUAUUCUUACUGUGGAAGAUCUGGCUGUUUUGGAUAAGCAGCUGAGUUCGGAGCGGUUGCUGGCCAAAUUCGAGGAACAAUGGAGCAAAGUCAAAACUAAAUCCUCCAACACUCUGCAAUGCGAAAUCUUCAAGGCUGUCAGAUGGCCGCUUCUCGCCGGUGUCCCCGCCAGAGCAUGUCUGGUGGCCUUCAACUUCUGUCAGCCAUUGCUCCUGACCAGGUCACUGUCGUUCUUCAAUGAGCCGGUCAACGGUGCUACCAACAACAUCGGAUAUGGACUGAUCGGCGCUUACAUUCUGGUAUAUGUCGGUCUGGCUCUUUCCAUGGGCCAAUAUCAGCACCUGACCUAUCGUGCCAUUACCAUGGUGCGCGGUACACUCGUUACCAUGCUAUACAAGAAAGCCAGCUGUCUUCGUCUGACCGAUGCCGACCCAGCCAACUCAAUUACCUUGAUGAGCGCAGAUAUCGAACGUAUCACUCAGGGUUGGCAGACCCUGCACGACAUCUGGGCCAAUAUAAUCGAGAUUGCGCUGGCAAUCUAUCUUUUGGAGCGGCAACUGGGAGUCUCCUGUUUUGUGCCGGUCUGUGUGGCACUGGCUGCCCUGAUUGGAUCGCUGAUCGGAAUGUCGUUCGUGGUGGCACGCCAGGCCAAGUGGCUCGAAGCUAUCGAGCGACGCAUCUCGUCAACAUCUGGGAUGCUGGGAGCCAUCAAAGGCGUCAAGAUGCUGGGCCUGCAGAACUCAUUCAUGAAGUUUGUGCACGGUCUGCGAAUUGACGAGCUGAACAUCUCCAAGAAAUUCCGAACACUUCUGGUCUGGAACAUGGGAUUCGCAUGGUUGACACGCAUCUUCGCGCCCAUUGCCACCUUUGGUGUCUAUGUGGGGAUCUCGAGCGACCCGUUGAGUGUGUCCCGCGUGUUCACGUCGCUGUCUCUCUUCUCCCUGCUGUCCGACCCGCUCUUGACCUUGGUGAUGGCCUUGAUGUCGUUCUUCGGGGCCGUGGGAUCCUUCACCCGCAUCCAACAGUUCCUCGAUAAGGAAGACCACGCAGACCGCCGAAGCAACAUCUCUCACGCUUUGUCUCUCGAUGAUUUCGGCGAGGCCAAGCUGCUAUCCAAGUCGGGCGAUCUCGACCUGUCGUCCAGCAACUCCGAGUCCGUGGAAUCUCUGAAGCGCGGGUCCACCUCUGCCUCGGCCAACAAUGCUGUGGUGAUCCAGAACGGGACCUUCGGCUGGGAUACAGAGAAAGAGCCCAUCCUCAAGGACAUCACCGUGACGGUUCCCCGGGGCAGCUUCACGAUGCUGGUCGGGCCGUCUGGCUGCGGCAAGUCGACUUUGCUCAAGGCUCUUCUUGGUGAGGUGCCCUGCGCUGGUGGGAAGAUCGAGUUGGCUUCGACGAGUAUUGCAUACUGUGAUCAGACUCCGUGGCACAUGAAUGGCACCGUCAAAGACAGCAUUGUCGCCAUGUCUGAGUUCGACCCCAAGUGGUAUGCGUCGGUCAUUCAGGCCUGUGCUUUGGAAGAGGAUCUCGGACAAUUCCCUCGUGGUGAUCAGACGGUAAUUGGUAGCAAGGGUAUUGCCCUCAGUGGAGGCCAGAGCCAGCGCAUCGCUCUCGCACGGGCUGUCUACGCCAGGAGAAAUGUGAUUAUGCUCGACGAUGCCUUGAGCGGACUUGACGCAAACACCGAAACGCACAUCUUCCACAGCUUGUUCGGAAACGUGGGACUUCUAAGAGAAAUCGGUACCUCCAUCAUCGUCGCAUCUUCUUCUGUCAAACGUCUGCCAUACUCCGAUCACAUUGUUGUCCUGGACACAGCUGGCCGUACACUUGAACAAGGCAGCUUCAGCGCCCUGAACAAGACCGGUGGAUAUGUAUCGAGCUUUGGACUUGGAACUGCGGAUUGGGACUUCAAGCCCAAGCGGUUCUCUGAAUCGCCCAGUUACAGCACCAUCGACAGCAUCCAAAAGGAGAAAGAGGGACUGGAGUCCGAGGUGGUGCACCGAGACACUGGCGGCGACCUGUCGAUCUACACAUACUACCUCAACGCCAUCGGCUGGCUCCCCGCGGUGGUGUUUAUGGUAGCCAUGGCGGGUUUCGUCUUCUGCAUCUCAUUCCCCAGCAUCUGGCUGAAAUGGUGGGCCAAGUCGGACACGGCCGAGCCCAAGCAGCACAUCGGUCACUACCUGGGUAUCUACGUGAUGCUCGGGUGUGUGGCCAUGCUCGCGCUGCUUGUCGGCUGCUGGCAGAUGAUCAUCACCAUGGUGCCCAAGUCCGGGGAGAACUUCCACCGCAAGCUCCUAACGACGGUUCUCAGCGCCCCAAUGCUGUUCUUCUCGACGACUGACAGCGGCUCAAUCCUCAACCGCUUCAGCCAAGACCUGCAACUCAUCGACAUGGAACUGCCCAUUGCGGCCAUUAACACGGUGGCGACGUUCUUCCUCUGUCUGGCUCAGAUGGCGCUGAUCGGCGUGUCUUCCAAGUACGCGGCAAUUUCGUUCCCAAUCGUGCUCGGGAUCCUGUUCCUCAUACAGAAGCUCUACCUGCGCACGUCGCGCCAGCUUCGGUUCCUGGAUCUCGAGGCCAAGGCCCCGCUGUACUCGCACUUCAGCGACUGCAUCCAGGGCCUGGUGACCCUGCGCGCCUUCGGAUGGCAACACGCCAUGGAAAAGAAGAACAUCGAGCUGCUGGACUACUCGCAGAGACCAUUCUACUUCAUGUUCGCCAUUCAGCGCUGGCUGACUCUGUCUCUGGACCUGGUUGUGGCCGGCAUUGCCAUUCUGUUGAUUGUGCUGGUCGUUGCCCUGCGAGGUUCACUCGAGGUCGGCUACGUUGGCGUCGCCCUUUUGAACGUGAUUAUGUUCAGCCAGAGCAUCAAGCUGAUGGUUACCUUCUGGACCAAUCUUGAGACGCACAUUGGUUCUAUUCUGCGUGUCCGUGACUUUACGCGUGAUGUGCAAUCCGAGGAUCAGCCCGGGGAAGACGACGAUGUGCCUCCCAACUGGCCAUCCAGCGGUGCCGUCUCUUUCCACUCUGCUUCUGCGGCGUACCGACCCGACGAGCCUGUCCUCGACGAUGUGUCAAUCUCCAUCCCAGCGGGUGAGAAGGUCGGCAUCUGUGGACGAACAGGAAGCGGCAAAACCUCCAUGAUCAUGAGCAUCUUCCGCAUGAUCGAGCUGACCAGCGGCACCAUCACCGUGGACGGCGUCGACAUCACCCGCCUGCCGCGACGCGAGAUCCGCUCGCGCAUCAACGGUGUCUCACAAGAUUCGCUCCUGCUCAAGGGCAGCGUGCGCCUGAACGCCGACCCAACCGGGGCCCAUAGCGACCACGACAUCCUCAGCGCGCUGAAGAGCGUGCAGCUGCUCCCAGCAAUCGAAGAAAAGGGGACCCUCGACACGGAUAUCGAUGAGAUCUAUCUCUCGCACGGCCAAAAGCAGCUGUUUUGUCUCGCGCGGGCCCUUCUUCGCCCGGGCAACAUCCUCAUCCUCGACGAAGCCACCAGCAAUGUCGACACCAAGACAGACGAAAUCAUGCAACGCGUCAUCCGAGAGAAAUUCUGCAACCACACCAUCCUUGCUGUUGCCCACAAGCUCGACACCAUCCUCGACUACGACCGCGUCAUCGUGCUGGAUGCUGGCCGCGUCGUCGAGACCGGCGAGCCCUAUGAGCUUCUGACGCAGCCCAAGUCGCAGUUUGCGCGACUGUAUGCCAGCAGUAUGCUGAGCGAAGAUUCUGACUAA